AAACAGACAACCUAUCGACCACUCAUAUUCAGACACACUUAAAGGAGAGUAGGAGAGCUGGUACCGUAUAUUUUUCAGCCUUUCGGGUAGGCCUAUGUGAAAGUCAUUAUGGAUUCGAUGGGAGAAUUCUACACAGUUAUGAACACAGACACGGAAUUCGUUGAAAUCUGCGCAUUUAAUGACAGCGAUGCAAAUGUGAUGUCAUCCAUGUCGUCAUCGAUAGUAGACUGCCAUGGAGAACCUGAAAACGACUGGUUGUUUCUCUUUGGAAUGGUCACAGUGUGGGUAUUUACUGCAAUGAGCAUAUACGGAAACUGUCUCGUUUUGAUUUCGUUCGCCAUCAACCAAAACAUCCGCUCCAAACCUGCCAACGUGUUUAUUUUCACACUUUCACUGGCAGAUCUCACCGUUGGUGUUGUAUCUCUACCACCAAACAACAUCUGGGUCCAGUACGGCUACUGGCCAUUCGGUGAAACAUUCUGUAAAAUUUACUUGUUCAUUGAUUUCACCGCAUGCGCAGUAUCGUCUGGCUGCAUCAUCCUGCUAAGCUUGGAUCGCUAUUGGAUGGUUAAGAAACAUCUCAAAUACAAUUCGUUCAUGACGCAUCGGAAAGGAUUUGUGCUAUCGCUUUGCGUUGUUUCGUUCUAUAUCAUUUUUUUUUCGUUGAGUAUUUUCUUCUGGGAGGCUAUAACAGGAGAGAGCAGAAUUGAUUACAGCGUUGAUUGUGAGGUGGAAGGCGUAGAUAACGUAAUAUUUGGUUCACUGUCGAUCACUUUAGAGUUUAUUAUUCCAUUCUCAUUCCUUGUAUAUUUAAACAUUAAUGUUUAUAUUGAAAUAAUGAAUUGGUCGACAGGAAAAAAUCUACAACGCGCAAAAAAUUACAAAAUUAAAAGAAAGAAAACUAAAAAUAUAUCUAAAAUGGAAACAUCCCAGGAAAAUUUUAGCUCGAAUCAGAAAAGUGAGACGUCAGUUAUAAAGGCGAAUAACCGAGAUUCGUUCCGGCGUUUCCAAGGGUCGAGAAGCGGAUCGCAGACACGAAAAGCGGCCAUAAUGCUAGCUGUUCUGGUCACUGUUUUUGUAAUCUGCUGGACGCCAUAUAAUAUUUUCGUUAUGAUAGAUAACUCCGAGAUCAGUGAUUUUGUCUGGGAGUGUGUAAACUAUCUGCUGUGGUUUAAUUCGGGAAUCAAUCCGAUUCUGUACGCAGUUACGAACGAUCAAUUCCGGCAAACUUUCGCGAGAAUUAUGUUCUGCAGGUGGAGUGAAAAGAAAAACGGAAAAUACCCACACACCAACCAUUCACAGCAACAGAUUUCACAAAAAUCGACAAUAACAAGAGUACCGUAAAACCUCAAAUAAAAGCCUAUUUUGAUAAGAAGCCCUCUCUUAAUCUCGAAAGGAAGUAUAGGCCUAUCUCGAAUAAAGCCUAUGGUCUUCUUUCGAGAUAUCACUACAUUCAGACUGACGUUGUCUUUGAUUAUUAUGAUAGCGUGUUAGUAACAAUAUUAUUUUAUUGUACUAGCACGGUUAAAAUUUAAACAAUUUUAAACAUAACUUUAAAUUCCAUUUAAAAAAGUCUUUAGUAGAAAUUCCAUAAUUUAGAACAUUCAUUUUGAAAAGAAGCCCCCUAUUUAGUUUGCAAAAGUAAUCUCGAAAAGACGCCCAUUUGGAGAAGAGGCCCACCUAAAUAAUAUGAAGCACAUCCAAGAGUCAUAAGAAAAAAAGGAGAAGCCCGUGGCCUUUAUUCGAUGUUUUACGGUGUAAUAGCCUGGGUUAAGCCCCCUAACCAUGUAUCAUUCCUCAGUGAUAAAAUAUUAGUGGCUAAAUUAAUGUAAAUACAUAAAUGUGAUUUAUAGUUUAUAUACUGUAAGCGGUAGGUCUAUUUAUACGUGUUUUUUGUUCCCGUACCCUGUUUCAUAUAGUUCUUUGUCAGUACAGUAUACAUUAGGCAUAAUUACUCGUGUUUGGCUGAUAUUAGAUAUCGUAUACAUAUUAUUUCAUAAAACACUUGCUUAUGUUAAUUACAGUUGAAAGUGCAUGAGUUCUUGUUAUGGGAACUGUCGGAAACUGCCCUGGAUGUUGUAAUUUAAUGAAAUACUGUUACGAAUGUGUAAAUGCUUUGCAACAACCAAUAGUUAAAUCGAUUCAAUUAGCAAUAAUGUUAAUGUUUUGUGGGAUUCUUUCUAGUUGUGUGCUAAUGUGAAGCGAAUACUCAUUAUUCUUGUGUCAACAGGCCGCUUCUUCUCUUGCAAUUCUGUGUACCAACACAAUCACAGAUCUUUGUGAAUACUGUAGAAUCUAAACAUUAUCUAAAAUAAUGGGUUCAACGGACGCAUGUUGCUUUUGUAUAACAACGAGAAUCGAUUUUCCUAAAUGUUGGGUUUAUGUAAGUGAAAACCAUUUUUAAAUAUUUGUCCGCAACGUAAAAUAUACAAUGUCAAUUUUCUUUAUAGUUGUGGUAAAUGUACAGUAUACGUAACUGAGCACCGCAUAUUGACUACCAAUAACCUUACUAAGAAAUACAAGCUUUUUUUAAAGCUU